GCGACUUCUUCUCCUAUAUAACAUCGUUUCUUGUUCUUCUUUUCUCACUCAUUUAUAAGCAAAAACAAAAAGAAAAAAUUUCUGAAUUCUGAAGAAGAAAAUGGCAACUGCAGGUGGUAUUCAAGAGGUACAAGGAUCUGCUAAUAGCGUUGAGAUCGAUAGCCUCGCUCGUUUCGCUGUUGAUGAUUACAACAAGAAACAGAAUGCACUCUUGGAGUACAAGAAGGUGGUGAAUGCCAAGCAGCAAGUGGUGGCUGGGACAAUGUAUUAUAUUACGUUGGAGGUAAUGGAUGGUGGUCAUAAGAAAGUUUAUGAAGCCAAGAUUUGGGAAAAGCCAUGGUUGAACUUUAAGGAGGUUCAGGAAUUCAAGCUUAUUGGUGAUGCACCUUCAGAGACCAGUGCUUAGCUCUAGGUGGCUGAAGACUAUGUAUAGGAUCUUGUGCUUGGAGUUGAUGCUCAAAAUAAAAGUAGAUAAUAAUGUUAGACAGUAAUUUCCUUUAAUGCAACUGGAUAUAGUAUUUACGACAUUUCAUAUCCAUCUAUGUAAUCUUGAAGCUUCUGUAAACAGAUACUUAUGAAUGAUUAAUAUAUUUAUCUGUGAUCUUUAUCUUUAUCA